AUGGUAGAGGAUCCUAACGUCAAGGGCAACCGCAUUAGCUGUCGCUUUUACCAAGGCGAGAAGCAAGAUGACCUUCUCUGCCAGGUUAAUCAGUUGUCAAAGGGCCAACAAGCGAAAGACGACGCUUCAGAGAUCUGUGGCGCACUGGGCGGUGUCAAUUUCAAUUGUCUGCCGAACCCCAAGUCGAAAAACACUCCUGCAGCCAGGGAACAAUUCCUUAAAUCAAUUGAUGAGGCUGCGGCCACGGCGUGUAGAUCAGACCAGGACGAGUCUACUUGUCAAAGUUACAAGUUGGAUUGCCUUCAUACGUGGUCCGAGGGUGAACAUGAGGACCCUAUUACCCCAGAUGAAGUCGAGAGGUGUGUCCGCGACAGGAUCCGGGAGAAUCGCGCACCCAGCACCGCACGUUAG